GGACCAAAUGCUGGGGCUUCCAGCAGUGCACCCUCUAGCCGCCAACUGGAUUUUGCCUGUCGCCAAGCACGUGUACAUCGGCGCCCUGUUCAUGAACUCAAAGGGCGGAUGCCAAAUCUGGUUGACUCACCUGGCAGCCACCCACGGCGUCGACAUCGCGGAUCUGAAGGACAAGAUCACAUGGGAAGAGUUGACACGGCUGUGGAAGAAGCGGUUCAUCGUCGACGACGCACCAGCACUAGCCAUCAACCGUCUCUUCWCCAUGUCUCAGGGCAACACARCAACACGGGACUGGCUYACGGAAUGGCARAAGAUCGCSGCAGUGCCCGRUCUGGACUUACCAUUCACRSAUCUACGUCGUGAGUUCUACAACAGGUCAUGUGCUGCACUGAGCCAGGCACUUGGUGAUCGCGAGCAAUACACCACCUUCGCUGAGAUCAUUGAUAAGGCAAGGGAGAUCAUCAAGACCAACAGGUCGGCUGCACACGAGAAGUCAACAUGGCAGCCAACCUAUGUGGAGAAGGUAAGAACUGGUGCGCAACAGCAGCAGUUCGCUGCAGCCCAAUCGGACAGUGGAGAAGACCCAGCAGCCACUCCAGCAUCACGUGAGGGAGAUCAGGUGGCUGUUGUCCAGCCGCGAAGCAACAAGCCCCGAGUGAACGGGAAGGCGAAACCAGCAUCGCAGGCCGGAAACGGACAGCCAGCACCACCAUGGGUCAAGUUCGGCUUGACCGAGGCCAAGUACCGCAACGGUUACGGCUUCUGUUACUGGUGCAACAGCACCAAGCACAAGACCUCCAUUUACCAGGAUCAGGCCAAGGAGGAUGUGCGGCCUCAUUCGGCCGCCUUGCUAGCGGCCUCCUACACAUCUGGGGAGGAUGCGCAUGUCGCAAGUCCUCGGUACACUUACGAGGAUUAUGYUGUCCACUUGGUCCCACCGCUGGACCAACCGCUCCACGUGCAACACUCUACCGCAUGCACGGUUUCAUCACCAUCGGCAACCGAUUCGGCAGCUUCGCCGUCAUCUACCGUCGGGGAUUCAAAGUCAUGGUCAAGACUUGAAAAGCUCAACCCGUUGACUUUUGAGGACUUCCAAUGGAUACCCCUGCCCCGUUCCGGUCGAUUGUCGAAACCGCAUUGCAACGUGCUCAAGGCACAAUUGCGAGAUUACUUGCACACUGCAGUACCGACUCCGUUGAUGGACGCCGGAGUAGAGGUUGUCGACCUUCCUGCCUACAUUGCGAAGAUCGGCCGUGAGUUCAAGACGCAACGGUACGACGACAUCGACGCACCAUUGCUAUAUGUAAGCGUUCAGAUCGGAGAGGCGACCUGCAGAGCUUUGAUUGAUUGCGGAACAUCUCGCAACUACAUGAGUCAGGACUUCAUGGUACGCGUCGGCCUUGGCCCACGAGUCCGAAGGAAGUCCCAGCCCACGCAAGUCACAUUGGCGGACGGUCACACGCACAAGUCAAUCGACCGGUGCAUUGACGACGUCCCAAUGUACUUUGCCCCUCACGCAAGUGAGGUGGUGUCCUUCGACAUUCUGGACACCAAAUUCGACAUGAUCUUGGGCAUGUCAUGGCUGCGAAGCGAGGAUCACCCGGUGAACUUCUACCGCCGCACCGUUCACAUUCGUGAUCGGAACGGAGUACUAGUCCCAUGCACGGUAGUUCCUCCUCACCCUUCGGUCAGCUGUCACGUGGUAUCCGCCACAAGCAUGCGAGCUUCCAUCAUCAAAGAUGACAUCGAGGAGAUGGGGGUGUGUUUUCUCCACGCCCUCCCGCCCCAAGACGCGUCAUCGACGGACUCAUCUUCGGAUCCACGCAUCACCGAACUUCUCGACGCCUACAACGACGUGUUCGAAGGCCCGCACGGAGUAGUACCGGAUCGACCCAUCCGCCACGAGAUCAUCCUCGAGGACGGGGCCGUACCUCCACGCGGUUGCAUCUACCGAAUGAGCGAGGAAGAGUUAAGUGUGCUUCGGGCACAACUCGACGACCUUCUGGAGAAAGGCUGGAUUCGUCCUAGCUCAUCGCCAUACGGUGCUCCUGUUCUCUUCACGAUCAGAAACACCGGCCCUCUCCCACGCAUCUACGAUCUUCUCGAGCGACUGGGCGGCGCCAAGUUCUUCUCCAAGCUCGAUCUCAAGUCGGGAUAUCACCAACUUGAGAUUUGCAAGGAGGAUCGCUACAAGACCGCGUUUAAGACGCGAUAUGGGCAUUUCGAAUGGCUGGUUAUGCCAUUUGGCCUUACGAAUGCCCCGACCACUUUCCAAGCGGCUAUGACAACGGAGUUCCGACAGAUGCUGGAUCGAUACGUACUUAUCUACCUCGACGACAUCCUGGUGUACAGCCAGAGUUUGGAGGAGCAUGUGGAACACCUGCGCACCGUUUUGGAGCGGCUACGACAAGCCAAGUACAAAGCCAACCGCGACAAGUGCGAAUUUGCACGGCAGGAGUUGGAGUACUUGGGACAUUAUGUGAUGCCGCAAGGCAUCCGUCCGCUUGCGGACAAGAUCGAGGCCCUACGAGUAUGGCCCGAGCCCUCCAACAUGGGAUUGGCGGGCUACUAUCAGCGAUUCAUCACCGGAUACUCAAGGAUUGCUGUACCUAUGACGAGAUUACAAUCGCCAAAGGUGCCAUUCGUAUUCGAUGACGACGCACGCCGAUCAUUCCAAGCACUUAAGACGGCUAUGCUCAUGGCACCCGUCCUCAGCAUCUAUGACCCCACCUUGCGGACGAGAGUGACUACGGACGCUUCCGGAUAUGGUAUUGGGGCAGUCUUGGAACAGCACGACGGCGACGACUGGCACCCUUUGGAGUAUUUCAGCCACAAAGUGCCUCCCAUCAACUCGCUUGAUGAUGCAAGAAAGAAGGAGCUGCUCGCAUUCGUCAUGGCUCUCAAGCGAUGGCGGCACUUCCUCCUUGGGCGUCGCAGGUUCACAUGGGUGACGGGCAACAAUCCAUUGACCUACUACAAGACGCAGGAUACGGUGAGCAGCACAAUCGGACGAUGGAUGUACUUCAUCGACCAAUUUGACUUCACACCGAAACAUCUUCCCGGCCUCUCCAAUCGCGCAGCAGAUGCACUCUCGCGAAGACGUGAUCUUUGCGCUAUCACACAUCAUGCCUUCGCAUUCGACAAGGAGCUUCAGCGACACUUCAUCAGGGGCUACGAGUCCGAUCCAGAUUUCGCCACGCUAUAUGCACAGCUAUCUUCAGAUCACCCACCGGCCAGCCACUAUCGCAUCGCCAAUGGGUACUUGCUCGUGCACUCGCGGGGCAAGGACUUACUAUGUGUCCCAUGCGACCACCGGCUUCGGACUCGCCUCCUCGGCGAGUAUCAUGAUUCGCGACUCGCCGACCAUUUCGGAGUCAACCGCACUAUUGCACGGCUUCCACAGCAAUUCCAAUGGCCCGACCUCAUCACCGAUGUCACGAGGUAUUGCGACUCUUGCGAAGUUUGCCGACGAAACAAACCCCGCAACCGCAACCCCUACGGCGAGCUGCGCCCGAUGCCGAUCCCGCAGGAACCCGGUCUCUCCAUUGCCGUGGAUGUCACCGGACGAUUCCCCCGCGACCGCCUCGGACACGACGACAUUCUCACGGUCGUGGACCGAUUGAGUAAGUACGCGCGUUUUCUUCCUUGCAAGUACUACUCCACGGCUCCCGAGCUGGCACGCCUCCUGCACACCGGUUGGAUUUGUGGCCACGGUGUACCAGAAGACAUAGUCAGCGACCGCGACACUCGUUUCAUGUCGGCAUUUUGGACUGCUCUCAUGCAGGAGUCCGGCACGAAGAUGAAGCCAAGUUCGGCUCGGCAUCCACAGACAGACGGGCACACGGAGCGGGCACAUCAAACCGCUCAAAUGAUGCUUCGUACGCUCAUCUGUCCGGACCAGAAAGAUUGGGUUGACCGCCUCCCCGACAUCGAGUUCGCGUACAACACUUCGGUGCACCCGGCGAUCGGCGUGACUCCAUUCGAGUUGCACCACGGUGGACGGAAAGUCCGGAUCUUCGCCGACCUUCUCCUCCCUCGACCAGCCGACAUUGACGCCGCUUGCUCUCCCGCUUUCGUCCGGAAGUACAGGGAAUUUCUGACUCAAGCCCGCGCGAACAUGCAAAAGGCUCAAGUCCGCAUGCAGCAGCAAGCCAACAGGCGUCGCGUACCAUGUCCCAUCCGCGCCGGUGAUCUGGUUUGGGUCUCCGCGGAAGAGUUUGCACUGGAACAGGAUGUUUCACGCAAACUGCUUCCCAAGUGGUUUGGACCAUGGUCUGUGACAUCAGCCGCGGGCGAUGAGCCCGAUGGCCCUUCAUUUGUGUGAAACAUUCCCGAGCAUCUGACGGUCCAUCCAGUCUUUCACGCCUCGAAGCUGGCAACAUA